CGCGCUGUCACGAGGUAAACAGUAGCAACUUCCGCAGUAAACUUCAUGUAAUAAUAAACGGACGCUGGACUGAGGGCAGUGAAGCUGAAAUCUUCCAAAAAUGGGUCACCGUGUUCUCCUCGUUUUAGCGGCUUUAUUCGCCGUCACAUCGACACAGUUCAUACCGCCGUACACGGAAGAUUGUCGCUCAGGAAUGUAUCCACCGAAAGGUCCCACGUUGAAGAAAGCUGUCGGCUGGUACACGAUAGACCUCGACUUACCGCCGGCCAAGAGAUGGACGGCUCUGAUCACCGACAAAAAAGCAGAACUGACCAACAUGAUUCAGGCCAUCAGAGACCUGGCCAACGCCUUUGUCCCCAGUGGAAACCUGAUAGAGCUGGUCGACAUCACGCUGCCAUUAAUGGCUGACACGCUCCCGAGCCCUUUCAAUGAGGAAAUUAAAGGGAUCGCGACUGCCUCUGGGAUUCCUCUCGGUGAAGUCGUCUUGUUUAACAUCUUCUACGAGGUUUUCACCGUGUGCACGUCGGUUGUUGCAGAAGACGAUAAAGGAAACCUUGUUCAUGGCAGAAAUUUAGACUUCGGCUUGUUUUUGGGCUGGGACGUGAAGAACAAGUCCUGGACCGUAAGCGAGAAGCUGAAGCCUCUGGUGGUCAACCUGGACUUCAAGAGAAAGAACCAGACCGUCUUCAAGUCUACUAACUUUGCCGGAUAUGUUGGCAUGCUGACUGGCAUCAAGCCUAACCUCUUCACUCUGACCAUGAACGAACGCUUCAGCCUCAACGGAGGCUACAUCGGAAUCCUGGAGUGGAUCUUGGGAAAAAGAGACGGGAUGUGGAUGAGCUUCCUCACUCGCUCCGUCCUAGAAAAUGCAAUGAGCUAUGAGGAAGCCAAAAGUCGUCUGUCUCAGACCAAGCUGCUCGCGCCGGCUUACUUCAUCCUCGGAGGAAACCAAACGGGACAGGGCUGCAUCAUCACCAGGUCCAGGGAGCUCAGCAUCGACGUCUUGGAGAUUGACCUGAAGCUGGGCCGGUGGUACGUCCUGGAGACCAACUACGACCACUGGAAGGAGCCUCUGUUCCUGGACGAUCGCAGGACUCCGGCCAUGAAGUGUAUGAACCAGACCGCCCAGAAAAACAUCUCACUGAAGACUUUGUACGAUGUGCUCUCAACCAAACCGGUGUUGAACAAGUUGACCACAUACACAACGCUGAUGCAAGUAUCCGAGGGCAAACUGGAAGCAUACAUCCGGGACUGUCCCAACCCGUGCAUGCCCUGGUGAUCGUCCUAAACACAGACUCCUCAACGUUCUCGAAAUGGAGACGCCGCGUCAUCUACUGAUCUUCGGACAGAAUACAAAGCUUUAAGUGUUUGUACACUAGUGUAUCUAACGGUUAAUGUCAUUUUUGACCUAUGGGAGGGGGGUUGCUUUAGGGACAAUUAGAAGUAAUUUUUUGCGAAUACUAAAUCCUACUGUUUAUGUUGAGGGAAAUCUAAACCUGUAAAUAUUUUCCCUGUAAUUAUAUUUGUAUUAUUUGCAGAAUGACUCCAUCAGUGGAUCUCCACAUGGUUUUAGGGACCAGAAGUGAAUGCUAAUGUGCAUAUAAUUAAGUAAAAACAAUAUUUUCUUCUAUUUUUAAUCCAUUUUCUUCCAUUUUUAAUUUUUCAAAUCCAACUCUUACCUCUUAAGAACCGUACUGAUAAUGGUUAAGAUACAGAUACAGUCUGUCACUGCAUGAGUACUGACAAGCAAGAACAGACUACUUCAUUUUGUUUUGUUUUAAAUUAUGGUUAAUUAAUAAAAGGAUUCUCAAACUUGAUGUUUUUACUGUGAGCUGACAGCAUAUUGUAGUAACUCUGUGACUAUGACUCUAUGGGUCUUUUCAGACCUUUAAGACUCAUUGUGGGCAUUUAAACUACAGGCGACCAGAGCAACAACAACAAAAAAAAAAAAAACAGGUGUGAUCACAUUGAGGAUGCACUGAGAUGGCAAUUCAGAGAUCCAAACUCUGAUCACAUUUAGAGGUGCUUUGAGUCAAAUGUGGUCUCACCCGUUUGGUAGCGUGAAUGCAAACAGGUGCAUCUGUCCUGAGUCACAUUAAAGACCACUUCAUAAAGACCACCUGCUCAACAGGGGCAUCAGCUUCAUUCACUGAGAAACAUUAAUCGAUGUUAGUCACUUCCCGUCAGUGGUCAUUAUGUUGUGGCUGAUCAGUGUAUGUGUGUGUGUUGCAUGUCCACAUAAUAAAAUCAUGACAACAUCA